GCAUGGGCAACCUCACCUUCCAGAUCACCCCCGACUCCAACAAGGACAGUGAGAGCAUCCAGAUGGGCCGCGAUCUCAAGCUCUCGUGUCACGUGGACGCACAGCCCCAGGACAAGGUCAAUGGAAUAACAAUAUUAGUAAUCAUAAUAUUAGUAGGGUAUGACCCCUUUAUAAAAAUCUCAUAAUGAUGCAGAAUCAAUUAAAGGAGUUGAGACGGAAGAACAUUUUAUGUAAAGAGAUACAAAAGCCUUGCUAUAAGACAUUAUAAAUGUUCAUACAUGCUUAAUACAAGUCACAACAUAUUCUGUCAAUUAUAUAGGCUAUAGAAAUAUAUUAACAUAAUGAACUAACAUAUUGCUAUAUUAUAUUAUUAGGUCAACUACACGUGGUACAAGAACGCUGCGCUUGUCUACAACUCGGACAGCUUGAUCGUGCUGCGCAGCGACCCGGACAUGGCACCGGGCACCAGUAGCCUGGAGAUCGUGGACAUGAAGUUCCGUGACCAGGCCACCUACAGCUGUGUGGCCAACUUUCCCGGGAGCACAGUGCCCGAGCUGAGGGUAGACGUCAACAUUACCCAGAGCAGCGGUGAGUGGACUUUUUCUUUAUUCUUUGUACCAUCUACAAACAGCACAUGGGCUAAGGUUAGGGCUAGGGUACCUCAUGAUUUGACUGGAUUUAAAUGGAAAGCUUGUUUAGCCUCACGGCGUGAAAAUGCUGCUUAAAGAAGUGGAUAAAAAUCUAAGAAUAUAAUCAAAACCAUUCUCAGAUUUGAGGCUCAUUAAAGCAGUCAGUCAGCGCUAAAGAAAACACCCCUCCCCUUCCUCUCCUGUUGGUUCGCUCCGAGACUGUCCACAUGGGACAUUGGGGGUUGUUUGAAGAAACAACGUGGGCUAGCCAGCUACCGCAGUCUAUUCCAAAUCCCCAUCCCCCAUUUUAUUUCCCCAACAUCCCUGCGUUCUCCGUCAAGGUCCAUUCCACCAUUUCAGAAGCUUUUAAAGUGCAUACGGAAAGUAUUCAGACCACUUCACAUUAUUUAUUUUUUAACCAAUCUACACACAAUUCCCCAUAAUGACGAAGCGAAAACAGGUUUUUACACAUUUUUGCAAAUGUAUUAAAUAUAAAAACAGAAAUACCUUAUUUACAUAAGUAUUCAGACUCUUUGCUAUGAGACUCAAAAUUGUGCUCAGGUGCAUCCUGUUUCCAUUGAUCAUCCUUGAGAUGUUUCUAGAACUUGAUUGGAGUCCACCUGUGGUAAAUUCAAUUGAUUGGACAUGAUUUGGAAAAAACUCUUCCUAGUGCUGGUCUCCCAGCCAAACUGAUUAAUUGGGGGAGAACGGCCUUGGUCAGGGAGGUGACCAAGAACCCGAUGGUCACGCUGACAGAGCUCCAGUUCCUCUGUGGAGAUGACAGAAAGUUCCAGAAGGACAACCAUCUCUGCAGCACUUCACCAAUCAGGCCUUUAUGGUAGAGUGGCCAGACGGAAGCCAUUCCUCAGUAAAAGGCACAUGACAGCCCGCUUGGAGUUUGCCAAAAGGCUCCUAAAGGACUCUCAGACCAUGAGAAACAAGAUUCUCUGGAAUGAUGAAACCAAGAUUGAACUAUUUGGCCUGAAUGCCAAGCAUCACGUCUGGAGGAAACGUGGCACAGCUCAUCACAUGGCCAAUACCAUCCCUAUGGUGAAGCAUGGUGGUGGCAGCAUCAUGCUGUGGGGAUGUUUUUCAGCGGCAGGGACUGUAUGCACUUUGCGCAAAUGCCUGGGGACGAGGUUACCAUUUUUUCACACUCUCUCUCUCUCUCUCUCUCUCUCUCUCUCUCCUGUUGUUGCUCCUAGUCCUACUGAGAGUGUUGAUAGAUGGAGGAAAUUAGGAUGUGUGUUUAACCUUGACCACUGGUGCUCCGCCAGUUCGCCUCGGCAGGCCAGUAUACUGCAUUUCACUUUUUACAUUUUCCAGGGCGUGCGAUAACCACUAGUGUCCAAUAAAAACUCCCUCACUAAUUUCAACUUUUAACCUCACUUGUUUCCCCCUGCUCCCCACCUCCCGCCCUACUCCUCGCUCUUUUCUUCUCUUUUUUUCUUUCUAUAAACCCUGGUUGUCUUUUGGGCAACCCCUCCUUAAAUAUGUUCUCUUCUCCCCCUUAACCCUCCUAUCUUCCCCCUCGCUCCCAUCCAACUCCCUUCUCCCCCCUACAGUCACUCCCCCGAUUUUGACGGUGCCGGCAGGGGGCCAGGUGGUGAGCGUGAGGGAGGGAGGCUCUGCCGACCUGGUGUGCCUGGUGGAUGGCAAGCCCCGUCCGCCUGUGCUCUGGUCGCGCGCCGACAAGGACCUGCCUAUGCCCACGGGUGAGUGGGUGGUGGAGACACGCAACGGGCGCCUCCGGCUGACCAACGUCACCCGCGACCUGAUGGGCUCCUACCGCUGCCAAACGGCGCCCUACAACGGCCUCAACAUCAAGCCACGCCAGGCGCAGGUGCAGCUCAACGUGCAAUGUGAGUAGUAAAGUACUACAUUUCCCAUGAGGCAUCUGUUUAUUGAGCUCUGAAUAGUAUUUUCCAAGAGAAGUGUUUCUUCUGUUCUGGUCCUGGGACCUACAUGGUGUGCAGGCUUUUGGUCCAGCCCAGUAGUAACAGACCUGAUGAAUGAAUCGAGUAAUCAAGUACGUUUUUGAUUAGAUGAAUCAGCUGUGGUAGUGUUACGGAGAUAAUUCUGAACCAUGCUCACGUGAUGAUUAACUUUGACUGAGACCUGAAGACUUGCUUUAGUUCACCCAGCUAAUGCCUACAUUGUAGCUCAACAGUCUUGUGGUGCUCAGGAGACCUGAGCUUGAACCCUGGUCAGUCAAAUGAGCACUUAGCUGGUUCAAAACAGCCAUCUGUCUGUUGAGCUAAAGCCACCUUUCAGGGUGCGGUUUAGUUAGACUUUUGUCUUCGAUCAUCAUUCUCAAGAGUCUUCAUUUUUCUCACCAGCAGUUUCUAAAUGACUCUAAAUUGCCUUUCAAAAAACAAUUGAAAGUUCAACUUCAACAACAUUAGCAGUCAUUACAACUCAACCAUCAAUUUAUUCAAAUCAAUAGCUAGCACCAUUAGAUUAGCAUGGACUGCAGUCACUGUCUCAAUUCAAUUUAAAACUCACACUGGACCAGAGUAGGCUAACGAUAAGCCCCAAAUGGGGUAAAAUGCACUCGUACUAACAAACAAAACAAGGUCGUUAAUUAACAAAUGGUAUAAUGCCACUCAGAAACUAACACUACUAAGUGUGCAAACGCUGUUUAUUGUUUGCUCAAGCCAUUAGUGACGACGCUAGCUAGGCUAUUAGCGAACUCUCCCCUUCGUUACAUUUAGACUUCUUGUUUGUGCACAGUAAAAGUGCUUAUGCCUGCCACACUUCAAUAAUGCUUAUAUUAUGAAGGGGGCUAGUUCAUAAAGUUCAAAACCCUGAAAGCCUCAGAAUUCAUCAGGAUCUUGAGUUCCAAAGGGUUUCUCUUCUCUUGAGUUGUCUUCUCUUCUCUUGACACCAUCACACAAAGGCAAGCCAGAGAACCUAUUCAUGAACUGUAGCCUACAGUAUGUGAAGUUGCUAGACGCUCGUGAAAAUCUAGCUCCUGACUUUCCAGUUUCAAAAUAGUGCCGCUGAAGGUUGUUUAGCCAUUAUUUUGUCUUCAAUGCGGGCUGUGCCAUGAGAGCUAAUGUUGGAAAGAACUCUCGAACUCUCACUGUCCUACAAAGCUCUUCUUUAGAAUGUGUUUGUGUGUAAACUGUGAAGGAAGGUGAUCCACUUUGGUGGAAGGUGCGAACAAUACACUCAUGGCUAAUAGAGAAACAUAGAGGCUCAAAGAAAAGCCCUGAAGCCCACAUUGCUUUGUAUAAUAUCCCUUUACAUCCAUUCUUUAGAAAUUGUUUCUUUACAGCUUUCGUUCCAAUGCCUGUAUUUCCCAUGAAAUGGGAAUGCAACAUUAACAAUGUGAGAUGUAUGGUCCCCCGAAUGUUCACCCCAACACACAAACUCCCAUGUAUCCUGUAAAAAAUGCAACUAAUUUUUGAUAGAGGAUUGUCCAUCCGUCAAUGUAAGAGCCCCGUAGAAAAACCAUUGGCUUAAUCCGUGAACAUUGUAGUUUCCUUUAAUUCACCUGGAGUGAGUACUCUAUUGGGAAGCUUACUAGCCUUGAAGCCAAAGCAUCACAAAACAAAGCUAAGUCCAAGCCCCUGCCCCCUGGGCACUUAUGUAGAUCUGAGAGGAUUGGCCUCUGAUUAGCUGGAUGGAAUUAUUGUUGCGGACACUUAUCCAAUCCUCUCAGAUCUCCACAAGUGCCUUGUGGGUAGGGACUAGGAGUUGGUUUGGGAUUCAAGGUAAGGGAUAUGUCCACACUAGCUUGCUUAGCGAAUGAAACUACACUCUUAGAAAAAAAGUUGCUAAGUAGAACCAUAAAGAGUUCUUCGAUUUGUCCCCAUAGGUGAACCCUUUUUGGUGCUAAAACCCUCUAUGCACGGUUCUUCAUAGAACCCCCUGUAAAUGGUUUUACCUAGAACCCUCUAUGAACGUUUCUACCAAGAACCAUUUUAUCCUUUAAAGGUUCUUCCUAGAACCCUCUAUGAACAGUUCCACCAGCCUUAUUAGCCUUUAAAAUUAAACUCUUUAUGACAAUUUUUAUUUAUUUUUAUUUAUUUACAAUACAUUACAAAUAUCAUAAGGCCUUUCUUCGAAGGGCUAGUUAUACCCUAACACAGUGGUGUUAGGAAAUUCCGGGUUUACAUUAUGUUGGCUUGCAAAGUGAUGUGAAAUUCCUAUUGGAAUCCAGACAGAGUGAGGAUAUUCAACAAUUUGAAUUUUUAAUCACCUGAAACCUGCAUUCAGAAUGACUGCCAGGGUAAAGAAGGUUGACUAAUGGGAUUACCUAAAUCGUCUGAACUAGAACAACUUUCUCAGUAAUGGGUGCAAUAAAUCCAACAGAUUGGAUUAGUUUAGAAAAAUGUAUGUUAUUUAUCUUUGUGUAGCAUAAGAUUAAUCAACCAAUCAAAACACAGAUAUUGAAAUAAAGAAUUCUGAAAAGCUACCUGCAAUAGAGAAUGCUGGAAAAUAUGAUAAUGAUGGGUGUGGUUUUGAGUAUUUUACUGAACACAGCAACACAGAGUACAAAUGACACAAUCACACUCAACUCUGGUUAUUAACAACAACACUAGGGUUCUUUUACAAUGCCAAGUGUUAAGUUAAUUCAACUCCACUUUAACAAUAAAAAUGUUACACAAAAAAAUCUACACUAGGUAGAACUGGCCAAUUUGCUGUGUAAUAUACAGUACUGUCACACCCUGGUUCUGGGACUCAUUAUGUUGAGCCAGGGUGUGUGCAGUCUAUGUGUUCAUGUUCUAUGUUGGGUGUCUAGGUUGUUUAUUUCUAUGUUUGGUCUAUGACUCCCAAUCGGAGGUAACGAGUGUCAGCUGUCGGCUCGUUGUCUCUGAUUGGGAGCCAUAUUGAUACUGUGUGUUUUCACCUUGGGGUUGUGGGUUUUUGUUCCUUGACGGUCAUUGUAAUCGUGGACUUCACUAUCGUCAUUUGUUGUUUUCGUGGUUGCUUUAAUUUAAUAAAGUCAUCAUGUUCGCUCAACACGCUGCAUAUUGGUCUCCUUCGCUCCUAGACGAUCGUGACAGAAAAACCCACCAAUCUAGGACCAAGCGGCGUGUCAAGCGGCAACAGGACCAACCUACACAGGAUUCAUGGACAUGGGAGGAGAUACUGGAUGGAAAGGGUCCUUGGGCACAACCGGGAGAAUAUCGCUGCCCUCGUGAAGAGCUGAAGGCAGCUAAAGCCGAGAGGAGGCAAUAUGAGGAGGCAGCACGGAGGCAAGGCUGGAAGCCCGUGAGCACUAGCCAAAAAUUUCUUGGGGGGGGGCCUUAAAGGGAGUGUGGCGAAGUCAGGUAGGAGACCUGCGCCUACUCCCUGUACUUACCGUGGAGAGCGAGAGUACGGGCAGACACCGUGUUACGCAGUAGAGCGCAUGGUGUCUCCUGUACGCGUGCAUAGCCCGGUUCGGUACAUUCCAACUCCACGUAUCGGCCGGGCUAGAUUGAGCGUUGAGCCGGAUGUCAUGAAGCCGGCCCAACGCAUCAGGCCACCAGUGCGUCUCCUCGGGCCGGCUUACAUGGCACCAGCCUUACGCAUGGUGUCCCCGGUUCGCCUACAUAGCCCGGUGCGGGUUAUUCCUCCUUCCCGUACUGGUCGGGCGACGGGGAGCAUACAACCAGGUAAGGUUGGGCAGGCUCAUUGCUCAAGGGAGCCAGUAAGCCUGCACGGUCCGGUAUUUCCGGCGCCACCUCCCCGCUCCAGCCCAGUACCACCAGUGCCUACACCACGCACCAAGCCUCCUGUGUGUCCCCAGAGUCCUGUGCGUCCUGUUGCUGCUCCCCGCACUAGCCCUGAGAUGCGUGUCCUCAGCCCGGGACCACCAGUUCCGGCACCACGCACCAGGCCUAUAGUGCGUCUCGGCCGGCCAGAGUCUGCCGUCUGCCCAACGGCGCCUGAACUGCCCGUCUGCCCAACGGCGCUUGAACUGCCCGUCUGCCCAACGGUGCCUGAACUGCCCGUCUGCCCAACGCCGUCUGAACUGUCCGUCGGCCAAGCGCUGCAUGAACUGCCCGUCUGUACUGAGCCUGCUAAGCCGCCCGUCUGCCAUGAGCCUUCAGAGCCGUCCGCCAGACCGGAGCCGCUAAAGCCUUCCGCCAGACAGGAGCCGCUAGAGCCUUCCGCCAGACAGGAUCAGCCAGAGCCUUCCGCCAGACAGGAUCAGCCAGAGCCUUCCGCCAGACAGGAUCAGCCAGAGCCUUCCGCCAGACAGGAUCAGCCAGAGCCUUCCGCCAGACAGGAUCAGCCAGAGCCUUCCGCCAGACAGGAUCAGCCAGAGCCUUCCGCCAGACAGGAUCAGCCAGAGCCUUCCGCCAGACAGGAUCAGCCAGAGCCUUCCACCAGCCAUGAGCAGCCAGAUCCGUCAGCCAGCCAUGAGCAGCCAGAUCCGUCAGCCAGCCAUGAGCAGCCAGAUCCUUCAGCCAGCCAUGAGCAGCCAGAUCCGUCAGCCAGCCAUGAGCAGCCAGAUCCGUCAGCCAGCCAUGAGCCGUCCAGCCAGGAUCCGCCAGAGCCGUCCAGCCAGGAUCCGCCAGAGCCGUCCAGCCAGGAUCCGCCAGAGCCGUCCAGCCAGGAUCCGCUAGAGCCGUCCAGCCAGGAUCCGCCAGCCAGCCAGGAUCCGCCAGAGCCAGCCAGCCAGGAUCCGCCAUUCAGUCCGGUGCUGCCCCUUAGUCCGGUGCUGCCCCUUAUCCUGGUGCUGCUCCUUAUCCUGGUGCUGCUCCUUAUCCUGGUGCUGCCCCUUAGUCCGGUGCUGGCCCUUAAUCUAGUGGGGUUAAGGUGGAGGGUGGUCAUUUGGAGGAGGCUACGUAAGCGGGUAGUGACUAUGGUGGGGUGGUGGUCUAGGCCGGAGCCAGAACCGCCACCGAGGAGGUAUGCCCGCCCAGCCCUCCCCUGUUUGGGGGUUUUGAGGCGCGGUCGCAGUCCGCGCCUUUAGGGGGGGGUACUGUCACACCCUGGUUCUGGGACUCAUUAUGUUGAGCCAGGGUGUGUGCAGUCUAUGUGUUCAUGUUCUAUGUUGGGUGUCUAGGUUGUUUAUUUCUAUGUUUGGUCUAUGACUCCCAAUCGGAGGUAACGAGUGUCAGCUGUCGGCUCGUUAUCUCUGAUUGGGAGCCAUAUUGAUACUGUGUGUUUUCACCUUGGGGUUGUGGGUUUUUGUUCCUUGACGGUCAUUGUAAUCGUGGACUUCACUAUCGUCAUUUGUUGUUUUCGUGGUUGCUUUAAUUUAAUAAAGUCAUCAUGUUCGCUCAACACGCUGCAUAUUGGUCUCCUUCGCUCCUAGACGAUCGUGACAAGUACAAUACAUUUUUUUACAUUUUUAGUCAUUUAGCAGACGCUUUUAUCAAGAGCGACUUACAGUUAAGUGAGUGCAUACAUUUUUUUUUUUUUUUUUCAUACUGGCCCCCCUUGGGAAUCGAACCCACAACCCUGGCGUUGCAAACGCCGUGCUCUACCAACUGAGCUACAUCCCUGCCGGCCAUACAAUACACUGCUGGUUCACUCAUACUCCCUUCUAUUCUCCUACUCUCUACUCUCUGCUCAAUAAAAUCACAGAAAAUACUAAUUUGAAAGACAGAAGUCAUGGCAAAGAUAUCAAUUAUGUUAAUACUGUAUAUGUAAAAUGAUUAAGGGAAUACCAGAUACAUGCACAAAUAUUCCCAUGUACUAAGAAUAUUCUCACACGUAUCUUUUUAAAUUGAUCAGAUUACUCAAACUCCUGAUCUUAAAGUUGAAACACUGAUACUCAGGCACUAUUUAAAAGAAAUAACAAAUAUUACAACAAAAAAGCCUUCUAGCCUUCCAAACAAUCAUCAAAGAACCCUUUCUUCUAAAAACGGUUCUUAGGAUGAAAACGGUUCUUGGUAGAACCCCAUCCCUCCGCAAAGAACCCUUUUGGAACCGCUUUUUCUAAAAGUGUAGCUUAGCCCCGAACAAAUGAUAGCUUAAUUAAAGGCCACUAUGACCGUGGUGCUGACAUUCCAAAUCCUCCCAACCCCCAUCCACAGUCUGUCCACAUGCUCAAAAAGAUACUACUAGAUUUACAAGGCUUGCUAAUGCAGGCGGGCGGAAGGGCGACACUUUUAGAGGCUCGUCUAGUCCAGUCCACUUCAAUGAUUUAUUUGCCAGGUGGCCACCCCACUCUAGAGAGACAGCGCGAGAGAGAGCGAGAGAGAUAGAGAUAGAGAGAGAGAAACUAAGUGUGGCAGAUGGAUGGAGGAAGAGAGAAAGACAAACUGGGAGAAAGAGAGAGAGAGUGACAAACCGAGAGAGGAAGGGAGUUAGUGACAAGCAAGAGAGGGAAGAUGAGAGAGAGACAGAGCAAGAGAAAGAGUAGGGAGAGAAUGCCAAACUGAGAAAGAGAGUAACAAGAGAAUAAGGGAGGAAGAGAGAAACAAACAGAGAGAAAGAGACGGAGGGAGAAAAUAGAAAAGGAGUGAGAAGGGAGAGAAUGACAAACAGAGAGAGGAAGAGAAAGAGAGAGGUAGACGUUGCAGGUCGCCAGCAGCGCUUUGGAAACCAACGCUUCCCCCUUCCUUCCAUCCCUCCAUCCCUGGGUUUCUUCACUGUACCCAAACCAAAAACAGAUUUAAUGCGUCGCUCAGUUAUGUAUAGAGCCAUGUCAUUAUGGAAUGCUCUGCCACCAGAGGUUACUCAGGCAAAAAGCAAGUUUAACUUUAAAAAUCAGAUAAAAACAUCUAGUAUCACAGCGCCUGUAUUGCAUAUCAGAAUAUGAAUAUGUACAGUAUAUACAAUUUAUGAAUAGUGUCUAAUUAGUAUUUUUGUUGUCUCUUGGUGUCUUUCCAAUAUAUAACUCUUAUUUUAUGAUUUUUAUUUUAUUUUAUUUGUCAUAUCUUAUGUUGUUUUGUCUAUACUUUGUCAUGUAUUUAUAUAUGUUUUAUGUGGAACGCAGGAAGAGUAGCUGAUGCAUGUGCAGUAGCUAAUGGGGAUCCUAAUGAACUAAAAUAAACCCUCCUUCCCUCCUGCGUUGUAUAUAUUUGUUUAUUUUAUCUGGUUUGUUUUUCAACCCUUCAUUUAGCACCAUUGAUCGAUAUGCGGGAAGAUCCUAUAAUUUUUUUUACUUCGCCUCUAAGUGGACACCCCUCUUUAUCUCUUCCUCCCUCGUUCUCUCCUUUUCUCCUCUUCCUCAUUUUAUUCUCCCUUGCCCUCCCUUUCUUUCUCACUCCUCUCACCGCGACAUGGAUGUUCUUCUUCGUUACUAAUCUCGUCAUCAUCAAUCAGACGGCAUCUCACCGCAUCUCUCUUUCACUAUCCUUCUCCCUCUCUCUUUGACUUUCUCUCCCUCUUUCCUAUUCCCUCGCCACCUCUCUCUCUUCUGUGUCCCUUUUGCUCUUCCUCCCUCCCUCGCUCCAUCUCAUCUCCUCAAUCAUCUGCAGUCUUUCUCUCUUUCCCUCUUACACCACACAUGCUCUCCAUCAUCCAUCUUUCUCCAUCACUCCACCCCACCUUUUCUUCCUUACACUCAAUGCAGAUCAAUCUCCCUGGAGUGUACCAUACUGUAAAUGUCAUGUCUUCAUGCAUUACUACAAGAGGGUCAUGUACAGACUUGACUAACUGUGUGUAUGUGUGUGUGUGUUUGUGUGUGUGUGUGUGUGUGUGUGAGAGAGAGAGAGAGUCUGCCUGCAUGCAUAUCUGUCUGUCUGUCUCUGUCUUUCCAUCUGUAUCUGUCUGUGUGCGUGUGUAUGUGUUUGUGUGUGUUUGUGAGUUAGAGCGAGGUUUACGGCAGAUAUUCGUUGUCUCCAAUAAAACGGACGAUAAUUCUGUUUACGGGGAUUAUGGCAUCGUGAAAUUGAAACAUUCUAGCGUAGCUCGAGCCGCUAAGGAAAACAGAUACAGGAGACAGUAAGGGCUGGUGCUGAUUCAUUUCGUCAGUGGUCCCAUCCGUGCACCACAUUUCUAGGAUGAAGACACCAACUUCUGACUGACAAGAUGUGAAGCCGCCACGACAUCACUUUAUCAACAAGCCUCACCUCAUGUCUCUCUGCCCCCUGUUCUGUCGCCUGUCCUCCUCUCUCUCUCUUUCUGUCUCCACAGUUCCCCCCCCCCCCCCUCUCUCUCUCUCUCUCUCUCUCUCUCUCUCUCUCUCUCUCUCCUCUCUCUCUCUCUCUCUCUCUCUCUCUCUCUCUCUCCUCUCUCCUCUCUCCUCUCUCCUCUCUUCUCUCUCUCUCUCUCUCUCUCUCUCUCUCUCCUCUCUUUCUCUCUCACGGCCCCAUCUAUCUUUUCCUCUCUCUUCUCAUUUAUAUUGUAUAUAUUUUUUUCCUCUCCCUUUCUCUCGCUCAUGGUCUCUCUCUAGGGGCUUCCACUGUACCCAAUGCUCUCUCAAUUCCUCUCAAUCUUCCUUUCUUUUUACCCCUCUCUCUCUCUCUCUCCCGAGGUUACUCCUGUGUCCGCCCUCUCUCCCUCACUCACCCUCUUUCUAAUUCCUACUCUCUAUUUCUCUCUCUCUUUGGGUGUCCUCCUCUGACCCUUCCCCCCCCCCCCCCUCUCUCUCUCUCUCAAUUCAAUUCAAUUCAAUUUAAUUCAAUUCAAUUUGCAUUAUUGCCAUGAUGUAACAAUGUACAUAUUGCCAAUGCUUACUUUGGAGAUUUACAAUAUUAACAUAAUCAAAAUAAUAAUUAUCAAUAUUGUCAAUGGGACAACAGUAACAACAAUAAUCAAGGGUCAAAAUAACCAUUCAUUGAACAAUAACAAUAACAAUGGCAUAGAGGACUUGCAGGUUGGUUGGUCUGUCAGACACUUAUAGCAGGCAGCAAUGUGGUGUGCUGCCAACCCAGAGCUCUCUGCGCCCUCCCCCAACAGGACGGGUAGCCUAUUCUCCUUAUUUUAUUUUUAUUUUUUAUUUUUUAGUCAUUUAGCAGACGCUCUUAUCCAGAGCGACUUACAGGAGCAAUUAGGGUUAAGUGCCUUGCUCAAGGGCACAUCGACAGAUUUUUCACCUAGUCGGCUCGGGGAUCAGAGAGGUCUUUGAAACCUUGAAUAAGAGUUUCAAAUUUGGGGAAAUGACACUCUAAUUGUUUUAUAUUUUGUACAUUUUGUCAGGAAAUGCAGCUCUGUCUCUGGUUCUGCUGUGGUGCAGUGGUUGCACAGCCUUUCCUGUACAGGGAGCCAGGAUUUCCUGAGUCUACCUUUCUCAAUGGCAAAGCUGUGCUCACUGUGCCUGUACUUUGUCAAGGUUCUUCUAAGGUUUUGAAUAGUAACCAUGGUCAAAUAGUUUGCCAUGGUGUACUGUCGAUUUAGGGGCAGAUAGCACUGCAUUCUGCUUGUGCUUGUGUUUCCUAAUAAGUCAUGUCGUUUUGUUUUGACUGUGUUGUAAUUUGGUUUAUUCUGAUUGAUUGGCUGUUCUGGUCCUUCAGUGUGUUAGUAGAAGAGGUUUGUGAACUCAGCCCCAGGACCAGCUGGAUGAGGGGACUAUUUUCUUUGCUCAGCUCUUGGCAUUGCAGGGCUUGGUAAUGAUAUGAGAGGGGGUCACUGUAUUUGAGAUGUUUCCAAAACGGAAUUUAUUAUUAGACGAUAUGAGCCUAAUUCUGCAUUGUGUGUAGUUUUCCUCUGGACAUGGAGGAGAAUCUUACAGAACUCUGCAUGCAGGGGUUCAAUGGGGUGUUUGUCACAUUGGGUGAAAUCUUGUUUAGCAAGUGGACCCAACAUCUCGCUGCCAUAAAGUGCAAUUGGUUCAAUGACACAUUGAAUUAGUUUUUUAAUGGCGUAGAAUGCCCUGCGUGCUUUCUGUCUCGGGUUCAUUCACUGCCUCAUUUAGGUGUCCAGUUGAGCUUAUUUUUAAACCUAAGUAAUUGUAGUUUGUGCAGUACUCUAAAUAUGUUGUAUCAAUUGAGAACGUUGGUCUAAUUCCCUGAGAUCUGGAUCUUCUCUGGAAAACUAUAGUAUUUGUAUUCAUGGGGUUUACUGCCAGGGCCCAGGUCUGGCAGUGCUGUUCUAGUAGGUCCAGGCUCUGCUGUAGGCCAUGUGCUGUGGGUGACAUCAGGCACAGGUCAUCUGCGAACAGCAGGCAUUUAACCUCUGAAUUGUGGUGACUAACACCAGGGUCUGAGGAUUUUUCUAGAAUAGUGGCCAAUUCGUUAUGUAAAUAUUGAAGAGUGCAGGGCUCAUAUUGCAACCCUGGCAAAGGCCCCGCCUCUGGUUAAAGAAUUAUGUUAUUUUCUUGCCAAUUUUGAUGCUGCACGUACUGCCAGCAGCAUUGAUUUAAUUAUGUCAAAUGUUUUACACCUUACACCACUUUCAAUAACUUUGUAGAACAGUCCUGUAUGCCGAAUAGAAUCAAACGCUUUUUGGAAGUCGAUAAAGCAAGCGCACAUUUUGGUAUUAUUUUGGUGGACAUGUUUAUCUAUCAGGGUGUGUAGGGUGUAAAUAUGAUCGGUCAUGCAAUGUUUUGAUAUAAAUCCAAUUUGGCUUUUACUCAAGACAUUGUGCUCAUUAGGGAAGUUUAGAACUCUUACAUUUAUAAUACUACAGAAAACCUUCCCCAGGUUACUAUUCACACAAAUGCCUCUGUAAUUGAACGGGUCAAAUUUGUCUCCGUUCUUAAAGAUUGGGGUUAUGAGUCCUUGAAUCCAGAUGUCAGGGAAAUAACCUACACUCAGGAUCAAAUUAAACAGUUUUAAUUUAGCCAAUUUCAAUUUUGCACUAGUGAAUUUGAGCAUGUCAUUUAGGAUGCAUUCAGGUCUGCAUGCUUUUUUAAAUGUGAGGUCCUGAAGUUUCUUAUAGAGCUCCUGGUCAGUAAUUGGGGAGUCCAAUGGACUUUGAUUGUCUUUUUCUAAUCGAUUCAACUUCUCAUCAAUUUAGCAUUGUUCUGCGUUUGCAUCAAUUUGACGGUGUUGUAGAGUGUUUUAAAAUGUGUUGUCCAUAUGUCACGAUUUUGUAUCUCUAAUUUCUCUAGUUUCGAUUUUUUUAGGUUUUUCAAAUUUUGUCAGAAGUUGUUUGUGUUUAUGGACUCCUCAAUUAGUGUCAGCUGCUUGCUGUUGUACUGUGCAUUUUUUGUUCUGAGUGUGAGUUUUAAAGUCUCACAGUAAUUAAGGCGUAAUUCACCAUUAUUUGGAUCUCUGUGCUUUUGGUUUGAUUGUUUUUUCUUAUAAUUUUACAAUCUGCAUCAAACCAGUUUUCAUCUGUGGUCUUUUUUGGUAUGUUUUUUAUCAAUUUCAGUUGUGCUUCUUUUGCCUUUUGCCUGUAUAUACAGUUGAAGUCGGAAGUUUACAUAUACCAUAGGCAAAUACAUUUAAACUCAGUUUUUCACAAUUCCUGACAUUUAAUUCUAGUAAAAAUUCCCUGUCUUAGGUCAGUUAGGAUCACCACUUUAUUUUAAGAAUGUGAAAUGUCAGAAUAAUAGUAGAGAGAAUGAUUUAUUUCAGCUUUAAUGUCUUUCAUCACAUUCACAGUGGGUCAGAAGUUUACAUACACUCAAUUAGUAUUUGGUAGAAUUGCCUUUAAAUAGUUUAACUUGGGUCAAACGGUUCGGGUAGCCUUCCACAAGCCUCCCACAAUAAGUUGGGUGAAUUUUAGCCCAUUCCUCCUGACAGAGCUGAUGUAACUGAGUCAGGAUUGUAGGCACUCCUUGCUCGCACAGGCUUUUUCAGUUCUGCCCACACAUUUUCUAUAGGAUUGAGAUCAGGGCUUUGUGAUGGCCACUCCAAUACCUUGACUUUGUUGUCCUUAAGCCAUUUUGCCACAACUUUGGAAGCAUGCGUGGGGUCAUUGUCCAUUUGGAAGACCCAUUUGCGACCAAGCUUUAACUUCCUGACUGAUGUCUUGAGAUGUUGCUUCAAUAUAUCCACAUCAUUUUCCUUCCUCAUGAUGCCAUCUAUUUUGUGAAGUGCACCAGUCCCUCCUGCAGCAAAACACCCCCACAGCAUGAUGCUGCCACCUCCUUGCUUCACAGUUGGGAUUGUGUUCUUCGGCUUGCAAGCUCCCCCUUUUUCAGGUGUUUGGAAAUUGCUCCCAAGGAUGAACCAGACUUGUGGAGGUCUACAAAUUUUUUUUUCUGAGGUCUUGGCUGAUUUCUUUUGAUUUCAAAUCAAAUCAGAGGCAAUUCUAUUUGUCACAUACACGUGUUUAGCAGAUGUUAUAGCGGUGUAGUGAAAUGCUUGUGCUUCUAGCUCCGACAGUGCAUUAAUAUCUAACAAUUUCACAACAUAUACCCAAUACCACCCUCUGGAGAGCCCUGUGGUUGUGGGCGGUGCAGUUGCCAUACCAGGGGGUGAUACAGCCCGACAGGAUGCUCUCAAUUGUGCAUUUGUAAACGUUUGUGAGGGUUUUAGGUGAUAAGCCACAUUUCUUCAGCCUCCUGAGGUUGAAGAGGCUCUGUUGCGCCUUCUUCACCACACUGUCUGCGUGGGUGGACCAUUUCAGUUUGUCAGUGAUGGGUACGUCAAGGAACUUGAAGCUUUCCACCCGUCGAUGUGGACAGGGGGGUGCACUCUCUGCUGUUUCCUGAAGUCCCCGAUCAUCUCCUUUGUUUUGUUGAUGUUGAGUGAGAGGUUAUUUUCCUGGCACCACAUUCCCAGAGCCCUCACCUCCUCCCUGUAGGCGGUCUCGUCAUUGUUGGUAAUCAAGCCUACUACUGUUGUGUCGUCUGCAAACUUGAUGUUUGAGUUGGAGGUGUGCUUGCCCACGCAGUCAUGGGUGAACAGCGAGUACAGGAGGGGGCUGAGCACGCACCCUUGUGGGGCCCCAGUGUUGAGGAUCAGCGAAGUGGAGAUGUUGUUUCCUACAUUCACCACCUGGCGGCGGCCCGUCAGGAAGUCCAGGUCCCAGUUGCAUAGGGCGGGGUUUAGACCCAGGGCCUCGAGCUUAAUGAUGAGCUUGGAGGGUACUAUGGUGUUGAAUGCUGAGCUAUAGUCAAUGAACAACAUUCUUUCAUAGGUAUUCCUCUUGUCCAGAUGGGAUAGGGCAGUGUGCAGUGUGAUGGCAAUUGCAUCGUCUGUGGAUCUAUUGGAGCGGUAAGCAAAUUGAAGUGGGUCUAGGGUGACAGGUAAGGUAGAGGUGAUAUGAUCCUUGACUAGUCUCUCAAAGCACUUCAUGAUGACAGAGGUGAAUGCUACAGGGCGAUAGUCAUUUAGUUCAGUUACCUUUGCUUUCUUGGGUACAGGAACAAUGGUGGCCCUCUUGAAGCAUGUGGGAACAGCAGACUGGGAAAGUGAGAGAUUGAAUAUGUCCAUGAACACACCAGGUAGCUGGUCUGCGCAUGCUCUGAGGACGCGGCUAGGGAUGCCGUCAGGGCCGGCAGCCUUGCGGGGGUUAACAUGCUUAAAUGUGUUUAUCACGUCGGCCAUGGAGAAGGAGAGGCCAUAGUGGGCCUCGUCAUUGACACAUCUUAUCUUCAAAUCAGGCAAAGAAGGUGUUUAGCUUGUCUGGAAGCGAGACGUCGUGUUGGCGACGUGGCUGGUUUUCUUUUUGUAGUCCGUGAUUGUCUGUAGACCCUGCCACAUACGUCUCGUGUCUGAGCCGUUGAAUUGCGACUCCACUUUGUCUCUAUACUGAUGUUUUGCCAGUUGAAUUGCCUUGCGGAGUGAGUAGCUACACUGUUUGUAUUCUGCAAUAUUCCCAGUCACCUUGCCAUGGUUGAAUGCGGUGGUUCGCGCUUUCAGAUUUGCGCGAAUGCUGCCUCUAUCCACAAUUUCUGGUUAGGGUAGGUUUUAAUAGUCACAGUGGGCACAACAUCACCUAUACACUUCCUGAUAAACUCAGUCACUGUUUCAGUGUAUAUGUCUAAAUUAUUUUCGGAAGCUACCCGGAACAUAUCCCAGUCCGCGUGAUCAAAACAAUCUUGAAGCGUGGAUUCCGAUUGGUCAGACCAGCGUUGAAUAGUCCUUAGCACGGGUACUUCCUGUUUGAGUUUCUGCCUAUAGGAAGGGAGAAGCAAAAUGGAGUCGUGGUCAUAUUUGCCGAAAGGAGGGCGAGGGAGGGCCUUAUAACCAUCCCGGAAGUUUGAAUAGCAAUGGUCGAGGAUUUUAGCAGUUAAUAUGUUUAUAGAACUUCGGCAGCCUAGUCCUCAAAUUUGCUUUGUUAAUGUCCCCGACUACAAUAAAUGCAGCCUCUGGAUAUAUGGUUUCCAGUUUGCAUAAGGUCCAGUGAAGUUCUUUGAGGGCCGUCGUGGUAUCGGCUUGAGGGGGGAUAUACACGGCCGUGACUAUAACCGAAGACAAUUCUCUUGGGAGAUAAUUAGGUCGGCAUUUGAUUGUGAGAUAUUCUAGGUCGGGUGAACAGAAGAACUCGAGUUCCUCUAUGUUACUACAAUUACACCACGAGUCGUUAAUCAUGAAACACACACCUCCGCCCUUCUGCUUCCCGGAGAGAUAUUUAUUCCUGUCUGCGCGAUGAACUGAGAACCCAUCUGGCUGGACCGAUUCCGACAGAAUAUCCCAAGAGUGCAGUGUUUCCGUGAAACAGAGUAUGUUACAGGCCUUGAUGUCGCUCUGGAAAUAUAUCAUUGCCCGUAGUUCGUCGACUUUGUUAACUAAAGAUUGAACAUUAGCGAGUAGAACACUUGGAAGCGGUGGGUGGUGUGCGCGCCUUCUAAGUCGGACUAGCAGGUCGCUCCGAGUGCCUCUCCUCUGCCGGUGAUGUUUUGGGUCAGCCGCUGGAAUCAGUUCAAUUGCCCUGGGGAGAGCAAACAAAGGAUCUGCUUCGGGAAAGUCGUAUUCCUGGUCAUAAUGCUGGUGAGUUACCGCCGCUCUGAUAUCCAAUAGUUUUUCCCGGCUGUAUGUAAUGAUGCAAAACACUUUCUGAGCAAAUAAUGUAAAAAAUUAUACAUAAAAAAACAAAAUAGUGCAAAGUUUCCUAAGAGCUAGUCUUCGUCGGUGUCUGAUUUUCCCGUGAUGUUAAGCAAAGAGGCACUGAGUUUGAAGGUAGGCCUUGAAAUACAUCCACAGGUACACCUACAAUUGACUCAAAUGAUGUCAAUUAGCCUAUCAGAAGCUUCUAAAGCCAUUACAUCAUUUUCUGGAAUCUCCCAAGCUGUUUAAAGGCACAGUCAACUUAGUGUACAGUGAGGGAAAAAAGUAUUUGAUCCCCUGCUGAUUUUGUACGUUUGCCCACUGACAAAUAAAUGAUCACUCCAGGACCUUAAUGUGCUUCUUCUUAAGCCACUCCUUUGUUGCCUUGGCCGUGUGUUUUGGGUCAUUGUCAUGCUGGAAUACCCACCCACGACCCAUUUUCAAUGCCCUGGCUGAGGGAAGGAGGUUCUCACCCAAGAUUUGACGGUACAUGGCCCCGUCCAUCGUCCCUUUGAUGCAGUGAAGUUGUCCUGUCCCAUUAGCAGAAAAACACUCCCAAAGCAUAAUGUUUCCACCUCCAUGUUUGACGGUGGGGAUGGUGUUCUUGGGGUCAUAGGCAGCAUUCCUCUUCCUCCAAACACGGCGAGUUGAUGCUAAAGAGCUCCAUUUUGGUCUCAUCUGACCACAACACUUUCACCCAGUUCUCCUCUGAAUCAUUCAGAUGUUUAUUGGCAAACUUCAGACGGGCAUGUAUAUGUGCUUUCUUGAGCAGGGGGACCUUGCGGGUGCUGCAGGAUUUCAGUCCUUCACGGCGUAGUGUGUUACCAAUUGUUUUCUUGGUGACUAUGGUCCCAGCUGCCUUGAGAUCAUUGACAAGAUCCUCCCGUGUAGUUCUGGGCUGAUUCCUCACCGUUCUCAUGAUCAUUGCAACUCCAAGAGGUAAGAUCUUGCAUGGAGCCCCAGGCCGAGGGAGAUUGACAGUUAUUUUGUGUCCAUUUGCGAAUAAUCGCACCAACUGUUGUCACCUUAUUACCAAGCUGCUUGGCGAUGGUCUUGUAGCCCAUUCCAGCCUUGUGUAGGUCUACAAUCUUGUCCCUGACAUCAUUGGAGAGCUCUUUGGUCUUGGCCAUGGUGGAGAGUUUGGAAUCUGAUUGAUUGAUUGCUUCUGUGGACAGGUGUCUUUUAUACAGGUAACAAGCUGAGAUUAGGAGCACUCCCUUUAAGAGUGUGCUCCUACUCUCAGCUCGUUAACUGCAUAAAAGACACCUGGGAGCCAGAAAUCUUUCUGAUUGAGAAGGGGUCAAAUACUUCUUUCCCUCAUUAAAAUGCAAAUCAAUAUAUAACAUUUUUGACAUGCGUUUUUCUGGAUUUUUGUGUUGUUAUUCUGUCUCUCACUGUUCAAAUAAACCUACCAUUAAAAUUAUAGACUGAUCAUUGCUUUGUCAGUGUGCAAACGUACAAAAUCAGCAGGGGAUCAAAUACUUUUUGUAUGUAUGUAAACUUCUGACCCACUGGAAUUGUGAUACAGUGAAUAAUAACUGAAAUAAUCUGUCUGUAAACAAUAGUUGGAAAAAUUAGUUGUGUCAUGCACAAAGUAGAUGUCCAAAAGACUUGCCAAAACUAUAGUUUGUUAACAAGACAUUUGUGGAGUGGUUGAAAAAUGAGUUUUAAUGACUCCAACCUAAGUUUAUGUAACCUUCCGACUUCAACUGUAUUGUUGAUGUUUUUUACUGCUAGAUUGAUGCCUUCUUUACUGUGAGUGGAUGUGGUAUCCAGAAAGUUAUCUAAGAGUUUUUGGAUUUUUUGGUUACUGGUUGCUUUCUGGUAUUCAUCUGUGCUGUUUUGGGCCCAUCUGUAUGAAUUUCUGAUUUUGUAAAGCUUACUGGGCUGUGAAUGUGUGGUUGUUUCCAUGACUGUUCUUUUGAGGAACAAGGUAAUUUGGCUGUGAUCAGACAGAGGUGUUAAUGGCUUGACGGUGAAUGAGCUGAGAGAGAAAGGGUCAACGUCUGUAAUCAUAUAGUCUACUGUACUGUGGCCAAGAGGUGAGCAAUAGGUGAAUCUCCCCAAAGAGUCUCCCCGUAUCCUACCAUUGACAAAGUACAGACCCAGGCUUCGACAGAGCUGCAACAGAUCACUUCCGUUUUUGUUGAUGGUGCUGUCACUGUUGUUUCUAUGGGGGAGAUGAAGACAGUUAGAAACAGUAUGGCCUGUAAUAAAGCUGUCCCCUCGUGUGGUCGUUAGAUCAGGUGGUGUUCCUGUGUGUGUAUUUGUGUCCCCACAGAUGAGCAAAUUUCCUGGGGCCUAGAAAUGGCAUGUCUCUUCCUCAAGGGUGGGGAAUAUCUCCUCUGAGUAAUAUGCAGAUUCUGAGGGGGGGAUAUAAAUUAUAUUGUGCAAAAUAACACAUAUUUUUCUGUCAGUACAAGUUCUUUUUUGUCCAGUUUUAACCAAAUUUGAUAUUUACCAAUUUUGAGGGGAUCAAUUUGAUUUUGUAGUUCAGAUUUGUACCAAAUGAUCAAUCCCCCAGAGUCUCUGCCGCUAUUGAUAGAUCUGUGUUUCUGUGAUAGCACAAUUCAUAUUGAACAAGUAAACUUUUAGUAAAAUAGCUGUGUGUGUGUGUGUGUGUGCUCAUUUAGUGCAGUUUAGUGCAGAUGUAUUGGAGGAGCUGUUUAAUCUCACUCAAUCCUACAGAGUUCUCCUGUCCUCUGAGGGCCUCCGCAUAGCUGUGCUGGUCCUGCUGUUGGGCCCUGUGGAGGGGAGGGGGGCCAGGUCUGGGCCGGGGGGCUGCCUCUUUGGUCUGGUAGAGGUGGGGGUCUGGUGUGGGGAAGUAGGCUGGGUCCAGUCCAGUCUGGCUGCGCCGAUGAAGGUGGUGAUGCUAUUGUUGUUGGGUGGGGCCUGUGGGGUGCGCUGGGUCUGGUGGGGCGUUGAGGGGGCCUGGGGCUCCUUGGUGGUGCAGUGGUCUGGUAGGGGUCUCUGGGUGGUCCUCUGUCCAGUACGGCAUGGGGUGUUUGUCUGCCAAGUGCCACUUCCUUUAGAGUCUUGGCAAACAUCCCUACUGUCUGCUUGCUCAGAUGGGAGUGGUCGUGCAGGUGCUCUGGUGUGAUUGUUGGGUGCUGAGCAACGUGCAGGUUCAUGAAUACGCCAAUCUCUCUGUUGAUGUCAGUAUUGCUUUUCUGAAUGGUACUGGGAUGAAAGUCUUUGCGGGACAGCAGAGUGGAGAUGGUGAUGUGGGAGUUGGGGAACGACUCAGAGGCCUUCUCUGCUACUCUGUUGACCAGGCUGCCUACUCUCUCCUGCUAUCUCCUGCUCCUGAGUGGGUCAGUGGUGGCGGUGUUUGGGGUGGUGAGGGUCUGCAGCUUCUCUCUAGGAGUCUCUCUCUCUCUUCUCUCCCUCCCUCCCUCCCAUUCCCCAAGCUAUCUGUUCUGUUCCCUGCCAGUGUCAGCUCAGCAGUCUCUGUAAUCGGUAUGUACAGUGCCUUGCAAAAGUAUUCAUCCCCCUUGGCAUUUUUCCUAUUUUGUUGUAUUACAACCUGUAAUUUAAAUGGAUUUUUAUUUGGAUUUCAUGUAAUGGACAUACACAAAAUAGUCCAAAUUUGUGAAGUGAAAUAAAAAAAAAUACUUGUUUAAAAAAUUCUAAAAAAUAAAUAACGGAAAAGUGAUGCGUGCAUAUGUAUUCAUCCCCUUUGCUAUGAAGCCCCUAAAUAAGAUCUGGUGCAACCAAUUACCUUCAGAAGUCACAGAAUUACUUAAAUAAAGUCCACCUGUGUGCAAUCUAAGUGUCACAUGAUCUGUCACAUGAUCUCAGUAUAUAUACACCUGUUCUGAAAGGCCCCAGAGUCUGCAACGCCACUAAGCAAGGGGCACCACCAAGCAAGCGUUACCAUGAAGACCAAGGAGCUCUCCAAACAGGUCAGGGACAAAGUUGUGGAGAAGUACAGAUCAGGGUUUUAACAUCCCACGGAGCACCAUUAAAUCCAUUAUUUAAAAAAUUAUAGAAUAUGGCACCACAACAAACCUGCCAAGAAAGGGCUCACGGACCAGGCAAGGAGGGCAUUAAUCAUGAGGCAACAAAGAGACCAAAUAUAACCCUGAAGGAGCUGCAAAGCUCCAUAGCGGAUAUUGGAGUAUCUGUCCAUAGGACCACUUUAAACUGUACACACCACAGAGCUGGGCUUUACGGAAGAGUGGCCAGAAAAAAAGCCAUUGCUUGAAGAAAAAAAUAAGCAAACACUUUUGGUGUUCGCCAAAAGGCAUGUGGGAGACUCCCCAAACAUAUGGAAGAAAGUACUCUGGUCAGAUGAGGCUAAAAUUGAGCUUUUUGGCCAUCAAGGAGAACGCUAUGUCUGGGGCAAACCCAACACCUCUCAUCACCCCGAGAACACCAUCCCCACAGUGAAGCAUGGUGGUGGCAGCACCAUGCUGUGGGGAUGUUUUUCAUUGGCAGGACUGGGAAACUGGUUAGAAUUGAAGGAAAGAUGGAUGGCGCUAAAUACAGGGAAAUUCUUGAGGGAAACCUGUUUCAGUCUUCCAGAGAUUUGAGACUGGGACGGAGGUUCACCUUCCAACAGGACAAUGACCCUAAGCAUACUGCUAAAGCAACACUCGAGUGGUUUAAGGGGAAACAUUUAAAUGUAUUGGAAUGGCCUAGUCAAUGCCCAGACCUCAAUCCAAUUGAUAAUCUGUGGUAUGACUUAAAGAUUGCUGUACACCAGCGGAACCCAUCCAACUUGAAGGAGCUGGAGCAGUUUUGCCUUGAAGAAUGGGCAAAAAUCCCAGUGGCUAGAUGUGCCAAGCUUAUAGAGUCAUAACCCAAGAGACUUGCAGCUGUAAUUGCAAAUCAAUUUAUAACAUUUUGGACAUGCGUUUUUCUGGAUUUUUGUUGUUGUUAUUCCGUCUCUCACUGUUCAAAUAAACCUACCAUUAAAAUUAUAGACUGAUCAUUUCUUUGUCAGUGGGCAAACAAACAAAAUCAGCAGGGGAUCAAAUACUUUUUUCCCUCACUGUAGGUAGCUAGUUAGCUAAACAAUGAACCGACAUAAUCCCAACUCAUACUACUAUCAAUACAAACAUUGUCACAGCUGUAGUAUGAAUCUGCAGGUAGCUAAAGCUAACAAACUAGGUUCAAUUUUAACUAGCUAACAUUAGGCUAUAACGAGCAGUGCAAAUGGAUUUCUGAUUUAAAUAAUAUUACUGCACAGAUCAUACACGUAAGGUUAGCUAGCGAGCCAGCAAGCUAACGUUUGCUAGCUAACUAACAGUACGCUUUAACUUGCAAUAAAAACGACUUUCUGACCAAAUUUGAAACUUAUAUCUGAAAAUGUAGCUAGACUCUUACCCGUAUAGAUGGAUGAAUGCUUCAGGGCAGACUGGAACCAUUUAACUCAGUUUUGUUUGUAGCUACAUCUUGUUUGGCCAGCAUUUUGUCAAGUCACUCCAGUUCGCACUGACCGGUUCACACUGACUGUGGCAUGUGCAGAAAGUAGCCCAUCACUUUUUCCAACUGAUCUGCAGAUAGCACCUGCUAAAUUCAGGGCAUCAAUGUUGUUGAGAAAGUAGCAAAAUGUUUGUAGUUCUCGAUGGCUAACGUUAUAUCUUUCAAAAUGACGUGAUAGAAAGGACUGUCAACACAUUCUGAACAGCUCACAUUGUAGACAGAAACAUGCUACAUGGCAGACCAAUCCAAACUCAUCUUCCAGCAUGUCCAGCCCAUCCAUUAUCUCAGCCAAUCAUGGCUAGCGGGAAGGUUCCUGUCUUUUUCCGUGGAUAAACCAACUAGGCUCGUAAUUUAACAAUUUUAUUCGUAUUUAUGGAUGGAAUACAAGUUUGUUAUUAAGGCACAUGAAAAUUCACAUGAUCCAGAAGGCAUUUCUGCCAAUUCUGUUUACGUUCAAAUGAAGUAGUGACGUGCGACAUACGCCUAGUUUCCUGAAACAAGUCACAACUACAUUUACUUUUGAUACGUAAGUACAUUUAAAACCAAAUACUUUUAGACUUUUACUCAAGUAGUAUUUUACUUUCACUUGUACUUGAGUCAUUUUCUGUUAAGGUAUGUUCACUUUUACUCAAGUAUGACAAUUGGGUACUUUUUCCACCACUGGUAUUCAGAAAGUCUCAGAGUAGGAUCAGGGCCUGUACUCACAAAGAGUCUCAGAGUAGGAGUGCUGAUCUAGAAUCAGGUCCUUUUUGAUGCUGGGUAGAACCCUUUGCAGGGUUCUAUCAAUAACCCUCUAUGUAGGGUUCUUCAAAGAACCCCCUGUAUAUGGUUCUACCUAGAAUCCUCUAUGAAGGUUUCUACCAAGAACCGUUUUAUCUUCGGAAAAAACGGUUAUUGGUUCCACCAGCCUUAUUACCCUAUAAAAUGUAAUUAUUUAUGACAAUACAUUACAUAUAUCAUAAGACCUUUCUUUGAGGGCUUAGUUAUACCUUAACACAGUGGUGUUAGGAAUCUCCUAGUUUACAGGCCACAUCAGGCCUGCAAGUCACAUUACGCUGGUUUGCAAAGUGAUUUGUAAUUACUAUUGGACUCCAGCCAGAGUUAGUAUAUCCAACAAGUGGAAUUGUUAAUCACCCGCAACCUGCAAUCAGAAUGACUGCCAAGGUAGGGAAGACUAAAUACUGAGACUACCUCAAUCAUCUAAACUGGAACAGCCAUCUCAGUAACGGGUGCAAUAAAUCCAAUUACUAACAGAUUGGAUUAGUUUAGAAAACUGUAUGUUAUUUAUCUUUGCGUAGCAUAAAAUGUAUCAACCAAUCAAUGUAAACACAGAAACACAGAAAUGACAGUAAAACAAACAAUUCUGAAAAUCUCCCUGCAAUAGAGCAUAAUGGGAAAUAUUAUGUAUGGUUCUAUGUAGAACCCUUCUUGCAUUCCAAAGAAUCAUCAAAUAAGCCUUUCUUCCAAAAACGGAUCUUAGGAUGUUAAAGGUUCUAUGUAGAACCCUUUGCCUUUAUAAAGAACCCUUGUCUUCCAAAAAGGGUUCUUCUGAUCAAAACGGUUCUUGGUAGAACCCUAUCCCUCUGUAAAGAACCCUUUUGGAACCCAUUUUUCUAAGAGCGUAGAUAUUCUGCUCUAAGGAAGUGAGUGUUCAUCUAACAGUGAGAAGGUUCAAGCUUGCGUACUCAGAUAUAAUAAUAAUUGACUGGAUUCCAGUAGCCCAAAGCACUUUACCUAGGCUGCGUCCCAAAGUGGCACACUAUUCCCUAUGUAGUGCACUACUUUUGAACAGGGCUCAUAGGGGUCUGGUCAAAAGUAGUGCUCUAUAUAGAGAAUAUGUGUAGGCCGUCAUUGUAAAUAAGAAUUUGUUCUUAACUGACUUGCCUAGUUAAAUAAAGGUUAAAAAAUUAUUAUAAUAUGGUGUAAUUUGGGAUGCAUAGCUAGUAAGUGGGAAGUCACCUUACCCACCUCCAGAUAGCAAUAUAAAGACCCUGGCCUGAAGGCUAUCCCAUAGACGUGUCAAUAAGCAUAUCAUACUCAUAGACCCGCAUAUACUAUAACCAUACAUCACUGUACAUGGAUGACUUUGAAUACAUGCAAAGAUCAUGUUAGAUAGUCAAUGUUUCAAUGUCAAGGAAAGCUCCUCCGUGGAAAUAAUUUUAGAUCUAUUCCCCACCUUUUUCUCACACUAGUUACAUCACUGUGAAAAAUAAUUACUGUUAUUCAAUUCUAGCACUGACUUUGCUGACAUCUUCUUUACUGAGGAAAAUGUACUUACUACGACUGUGAUAUGUGGUUGUCUGCACUAACUGUAAGUCACUCCGGAUAAGAGCGUCAAAUGUACAAUUACCAGGCCUUGGUAUUUACACUCUAUCUCACUUAUCGUCCAGGUCUCUCUGAAAUAAACCCAUAACAUAGUCUAUAAUUACAUAGCCAUUGCCAAUAAAGGCUUGCCAAUAAAGGCUUAAGGCUAACGUCGUGUGAACCCCAACGUUCAUGGCCCCAUACGUCUUGUGGCAUCGCUAGCUCCGCAUUAGCAUCCUUUGCUAAUAAGUAGCCAAUUAGCGUAGUGACGGCGGUGGGGUGAUUUGCAGCAGUGUAAUUUUGCUACAGUGCUAGCCGUUGGACCUGGAGGCUAAUGGUUAGCGCUAGUCAGUCAUUCGCCGUGGAUAGCUUCUGACAUGUUAAUUACACACGAUUAGAGCUUAGUACGACGCUAACAUCUGGGCCUCGUGGCGUCGGAUCCGUCAUGUCGACAUAGCGUUUUCCACGUCAGGUGUGAUGUCUCUCUUUCCCCUUGUCUUUAUGCUCCUGCAGGGUACUGUAUGCAGGGAGAGGUUCCUGGGAUAAGCUGUAAAGAAAGUGCACUGUUUUGAGGUUGGGAUUUUAUCCCACAAAAUCAAUUGAUUAUCAAGCGGUUUAGUAUUGUUUUUUUACGUCUUAAGAAAUAAUAUAUGUCUUAAGACGUAAAGAACAAUACUAAACCACUUAUCAUGAUUCAAGGUUUCUCCUCAUUUCAUUUUGUUGCUUGGACCAUUGUUGUGACGGAUCACCCAUCUCCUUUUCUGCUUUCUUAAUCUUCCCUCCACCCCCUCUCUCCCUACCUCCCUUUCUUGCAUUAUUCCAUUAAUGACCUGGCUCUCCUUACAAACUGUGAGAGGAGAUGCUUCUAGUACUUGACUAUGUGGGAACACUUUAGGGAACACUUUAUUUGAAGGUUACCUACAUAAGGACGUCAUAACACGUUUAUAACCCAUACAUAACUCAUUCAUUAACACUAUUUACCCCCUUCACUCAGACCCUCCAGUCCUGGACCCAGUCUUUCAGGAUGUCCGUUCACCCAACUACCAGUUUGUGACGCUGCGCUGCCUCAUUCAGAAGUCCAACCCGGCACGCGUGGCCAGUGUCCGCUGGGUCCGAAACGGCGUGCCCCUGUCCUCCCUGACCACGGACCCCCAGGAGAACCUGCAGCUGAAAUUCAAGCUGGACCCCAGCAACAAUGGCACAUACGAGUGCCACGUCAGCAACGGCGUGGGCACCUCCACCUGCACCUUCAACGUCUCGUGUGAGUACCAGAAGCAGUUGGAGUUCCUGGUAGUGUUGGGGUCAAUUCCAUAUCAAUUCAGUCCUUUCAGGAUGUACAAUUUAGGAAUUUCUGUUGACUUACUGAAUGGACUGAAUUGAAAUGGAAUUAACCCUGGAUCCUGAAAAUGGAUUAACCUUGUUUCCCGGUUUGAUUUCCUACUUGACUGGACUUCUUUGGUAUUGACAGGUUGGAAAAAAUAUUGGAUAAGUGGGAGCAGCUACAUUGCCAUGAAAAAGUAUUUUCCCCCUUUCUGAUUUUCUCUAUUUUUGCAUAUUUUUGAUACUGAAUGUUAUCAGAGCUUCGAUCAAAACCUAAUAUUAGAUAAAGGGAACCUGAGAUUACAAAUAAAAUAAAAUAAAGAUACUUAUUUUAUUUAUUUAAUUAACAAAGUUAUGCAACAUCAAAUUCCCCUGUGUGAAAAAGUAACUGCCCCCUUACACUCUAUAACUUCUUGUGCCACCUUUAGCUGCAAUGACUGCAACCAAAUGCUUCCUGUAGUUGUUGAUCAGUCUCUUACAUCGCUGUGGAGGAAUUUUGGCCCACUCUUGCAUGCAGAACUGCUUUAACUCAGCGACAUUUGUGGGUUUUCAAGCAUGAACUGCUCGUUUCAAGUCCUACCGCAAAAUCUCAAUUGGGAUUAGGUCUGGACUUUGACUAGGCCAUUCCAAAACGUCACAUUUCUUGCUUUUUAACCAUUUUCAUGUAGACUUGAUUGUGCGUUUUGGAUUAUUGUCUUGCUGCAUGACCCAGCUGCGCUUCAGCUUCAGCUCAGAGAAGGAUUGCCUGACAUUCUCCUUUAGAAUUAUCUGAUACAGAGCAGAAUUCAUGGUUCCUUCUAUUAAGGCAAGUUGUCCAGGUCCUGAGGCAGAAAAGCAUCCCCAAACCAUCACACUACCACCACCAUGCUUGACCGUUGGUAUGAGGUUCUUACUGUUGAAUGCAGUGUUUGGUUUUCGCCAGACAUAAUGGGACCCAUAUGGUUAUGGCUACAAGGUGAAAAGAGAGUAUUUACUCUUGUCAUAAAAUAUAGGACUGAAAAUGAAGUGCAUUAAAAAUGUAAAAAACUUUUACUAAUGGGCAUCUGACCCUCUGACACACAAUAGAUAAAAGUAUCAAACCAACCAACUAACUCUCCCCCUUCCUCUUCUUCUCCUUCCCCUUCUCUCUCCCUCCCCCAACACUGUAGCCCGUCCAUACAACGCAGAGUUCUACUUUGAUACGCCCAACCCCAUCCGAAUUCUGAAGGUCAACAACUACUCCUACAACCUCCAGUGGACCCAGAGAGAGCCCGCAGCUACAGACCGCAUCAUUGGCUACUGGGUC